UUGAAAGUGACAAGAUGAAGUUAAAUGCCGUUUUUCUGUUAGCAUCGCUUGUGGCUGUAGUAGCCAGCAAGAAUGUCGUCAAACCAGAAGAGUUCUUCAAUAUUGCAUUGGAAAAUGGAGCUCCCCAGAAGAGAGACGCUAAAAAUGUCGUUAGCUUGGAGGAUUUGAAAAUCGCUUUAGAGAACGAAUCACCAAAGAAAAGAGAGGCUAAGAACGUUAUCAAUCUAGACGAUUUGAAAAUCGCUUUGGAACACGAAACUAUUCAAAAGAGAGAACCCAAAAAUGUCAUCAACUUGAACGAUUUCAAGAUUGCUUUGGAAGAAACCAAAAGCACUAAGUCUAAGAGAAAGUACGUUUUUGACUUGGCUUCGUUCCAGCAGGCUGUUUCCAAAGAAGGACAGGAUAAGCGUGAAGACGUGCAGCUCUUUUUCAAGAUCGAUCUUGAAGACAGUAAGCAGAACAUAUUGCAAUCGGUGUUACCUUUAAUUAAGGAUAUCUCCAUUAUGUCCGGUUAUAUUCGUGAUAACGAACAGAUUUCUGCAAAGACCGAGUUGACCAAUGAAACAAUGAUCAUCAUUGCUCCUUCCAACGAUGCCAUUUCCAAUAAGUUGGAAGGUUAUAAGCCAUGGGAGUUCCCUAGACCUAUUGUGGAUUCUGAUGACGAGACCGUAGAAAAGAUCUUGAAGUACAAUUUGAAUAGCUUCUUGAGUCACCACAUCGUAGUCAAUUUCGAGGAGAACUUGCAGAUAGAAAAUGAAACCAGAACUAUCCUCACUAAACUCAUGAACGGUGAUUCUAUUAGAAUCAAACAGGAUCAAGUCACCGAUGAAUUUGCUGUUCAAUUAGAAUCAAAGAAGGGUAAGACCCAGAACUGGAUCAGGGUUGAGUCAGUUAAACAAGUUGAUAACGGAUUUAUAUUUGUUAUUGACGAAACUUUGGUAAAACCUUGAGAUUGUUUUGCAUUGGGUUAUUUUCAUUGGUUAGAGGUUUAUUUUAGUUUCGUAUUUUAUUCUGUUUAUUUCUAUUUAUUUCUUGUAGCACAUAGUUGCUGCUCUAUCUCGAUUGUUAUGAUACAUUUAUAGUGAAUCUACGUUGUUCUGGU